UGUGUCGUUACCUAGGACCCCAUCUCCCCUCUAUUACAGUCCAUGAGAUGACUUGAUAUCCCAAUCGAGCUACCACCCCAUUGACCUCAACGACUCGAGCUGUCAUUCCCGGCGCUAUUCGCAAUCCUAAGCUCUGCAACUUCACCUUGCCUAAUCCCAUUAUUACCAAACAUUAUAGCAGUUUGGCAACCCACGCUAUUUGCUCAUCUAUUCGGUAUCGAGUGAGCUUCAUCUGUGCGCCACCAUGCAGCUUUCAGAGAGCGAGGCGGAGGAAGUCAAGAAAUGGGUGGUCAGGAAAUUAGAAGACAUCUCGGAUGCGGAUUCUGAUGUGCUUGCGGAUUAUGUCCUGGCUCUUAUCCGGUCCGAUGUUCCCGACGAGGAAUUACGCAAGGCUUCAGUUGAGAGUCUUGAAGAUUUUCUGAGAGAGCAUACCGCCCAAUUUGUCGAUGAACUUUUCGCUACCAUCACAUCCAAGCAACAGCCACCGUCAAUCCCCGCAAACCCCCAGGCUCAGACGCAAGUAUCUCAGGUCGUACCUCCUUCUGAACCAUCCUCUCAAACCCCUACACGAUUGAAUCCUCAAGCUGCCUCUUUCAACGCCGCUUACGUUUCCCAACCCCAUGUUGACAACUCCACCACCAGCCGCAAGCGCACCUACCAUGAUGGUUUCCAAGGCGAGCAGGAACGUGAGGAUACUGGCCACCACCGACAAUUCAAGAACCCGCGUCGCGGGCGUGGAUUCGGUCGAGGUGAUUGGAUGGGGCGAGACGGCCAUGGGGCUCCCAGUGGGCCUGGGGCGUUCUCUCCCCCAUCCCAGGGUGGCUUCCCAGUCAUGCCUCCUGCCUUUCCAUCAUUUGAUCAUCAGAAUGACCCGAUGGCAGCUAUGAUGGCUCUCCAAAGCAUGGGAUUCCCUCAAAUGCCCGGAAUGCCCUCAAUGCCCAUGCCACCUACAGGUCAGGGACCUGGACAGAAUCCAGUGGGACCCAAAAGCACUGAAAAGUGUCCAUUUUAUGAGACGCAGGGAAUCUGCUAUUUGGGAGCUGCUUGUCCAUACCAACAUGAUACAGCGGCAAACUCCAAAGACGAUGAAUAUGACCCCAAAGCGUCGAGCAUUGUCACAGAUUUCUACAAACGUCGUCCAGAUGGUCCGACACGUGGGAGUGACAGGGGCCGUGGACGCGGUCGUGGUGGUGAUAGAGGCGGUUUUGGUGGGCGUGGGCGUCGAUCUGAGUUCUCUGCUACCGGUCCCACUGAAGAUUCCUCGACCAAAACAAUUGUCAUUGAGCAGAUCCCUGAUGAUAAGCUGGAUGAGUCCUCUGUUCGAGAGUUCUUUGCUCAGUAUGGAGACAUCACUGAGAUCUCGCUCCAGCCACACAAGAAACUUGCUCUAGUAACAUAUGGUGAUCAUGCUGCUGCGAAGCGUGCGUGGUCUAGCCCUAAGGUGAUUUUUGACAACCGGUUUGUCAAGGUGUACUGGCAUAAACCCAAGGGUGAAAGAGGUAAUGACCAACGGCCUACGCUCGGUGAUGCGCGUGAGGUACCAUCCUUCAAUAAAGAGGAAUUCGAAAAGCAACAAGAAGAAGCGCAGAAGGCACAUGAAGAGAAACUGAAGCGACGUAAAGAGACGGAAGCAGCAAAGGAAGCUCUGGAGAAACAGCGCGAGGAGCUGCUGAAGAAACAGCAAGAUGAAAAGGAGAAGCUCAUGCAGAGAAUCGGUGGAAAGGGUCUGUCUGGUGCUGGCUCUCCGGACGGAGCAGCUGAAUCCGCAUCCGAUGAAAAUGCCAGCGAGCAGACCAAACAGCUCCGCGCUCAACUUGCGGCUUUGGAAGCGGAGGCUAAGAGCUUAGGAAUCGAUCCCAACAGCUCCGAGACGCCUUUCCCCUACCGUGGCCGUGGAAGAGGCUAUGGCGGGUACUCCGCGCGGGGUGGCUACCCGCCGCGAGGCCGAGGGUACGAUCCAUCAUAUCGAGGCGGAUAUCGAGGACGAGGCGGAGCGGCUCGUGGCAGAGGUGGUGUUCUCCGUCUGGACAACCGGCCAAAGCGAGUCGCCAUCUCAGGCGUCGAGCCAAACUCGGAAAAGGACGAAGCCCUCCGACAAUUCCUUAUCGGCGUGGGUGAAUACGAAUCUAUCGAAGCUAACCCCGAGGAACCCAACUCGGUAAUUAUCGCCUUUAAAGAACGCUACCAAGCUGAGAAAUUCAUGUUCGGGCCCCGCAACAUCCCCUCCGUCGGCGAGGUCCAAUUCACCUGGGUUCCUAACCCGCCGAUCAGCGUUGCGCCUACGACAUCUAUCUCCGGCGGCUCAGACGAAGACACGAUCAUGGACUCUGCCGGAGCGGUAGAUCAGUCUACGCUUCGUCGGGACGGUAACGCGGAUGUUGACUACGAUGUUGCGGAGGUUGAUGAUAGCUGGGAGUGAAUUUCAGUCUUGUAGUUGGUCUCGGGAUAGAUUUGCUAGUCAAGCACAGCAGCAGCUGGUUUCUUUUUUACAUCGAUAGUACUGGGUUGAAAAUGAGAAGAUAUUCCUGGACUGAACUGAUUUUGUUGAAGGAUCCUUGGUCUGCUGUCUAUUUGUCUAGUCUUUGUUCGAGUGUACAUUAUCUCGUUGUGGAAUGUAAAAAUACUACCUUGACUCGGGUUGAUUCAUCCUAACCUGGAUGAUAACUAACUACGAUCAUUGAUUUGUUUAUACAGGUCCAUAAAUCCUUC